UUGAACGGCCGAGCGUACACGAAUGUGGUCUCCGUUGCAUGCGUGUGGGGCCCAAAUAUGCACGUCUGGCGACAUUGGUGUUCAGAUUUGUUCAUGUAAUCGUAUGUAGCGAAGUGGUGUUUCUCAGGAAGAAAUUGUGAAUUUCUGAGUAAAAACGAUGGCGCAUAUUCCCUCAGAGCUUGUGUCGCAUUCGCAAAAAGUAUGUCGCCUGUAUAAGCGUUCUCUGCGUUGUCUGGCGGAUUGGUAUCAUAGAACACAUGAUUACAGGAUCCAAGCUGUGCUAAUGAGAGAACGCUUUGACAAAAACAAAGAUGUAAAGGACAUGCGUGUCGCUAAGCAUCUGCUAGAGGAAGGAGAGAAAGAACUCUUUUCCAAGAUACAUUAUCAACCAAUAAUGUUUCCUAAUUCAGCCAGAGGAGGAGCAUAUGGCCGAGAAGUCCAUGUUCCAGACUACGUCUUGGAUCAUUGGCAUCCUCUAGAAAAAGCUAGGUAUCCUAAAUACUUUGAGCGUCGCGAAAAAAUGAAGGAUGAAUAUGAGGAAUGGUAUUACAAAACGUAUCCAGAAGAGAAGAAGAUCAAGGAUCACUAAACACCUGCAAAAUGUAUAUUUAUGUUACAUCAAUGCAAUGUAACUUGUAGAUAAUAUCGUAAUAUAAUGUUUAUUGUUAUGAAAA